AUGAAAACUGCAAUUGAUUCCUAUGGUGGAGUUAAAGGGUGCCAUGCAGCAGUUGUGAAGAUUCAAGAGUCUAACCAAACAAUGAAGAAGCACACAAUGACCGGAAUUCAGGCUCUCAAUAAUUUCAGCUUUGAGUCAGCAGGUUUGCGAGUACGGAGGGCCUACAAUGUGGGCCCUGGAAAGCUUUUCACAGCAACACAGGUGAAGCGAUUCGUUUUGCUUCAGGGGCCUACCGGACUCGAAGUCGUGCAGCCCUUUAGCAUACCACAAGAAGAUGUUGAUGUCUUUAGAUCUGUGUCAACUAGGGUCGAGUGCGUGCGUCCUCAACCUUGCUCUCCACAAUCCGUUGAAGAUUCCCCAGCUGAUGAAGCUACACGAGCUUCUUCUCCUGUCCUGAGAAAGGAUGUACCAAGACAUACCAGUCUUUUACAAAUCUGCAGAAACACCUGGCUGCGGGUAAACAUCUUGUCAAAUUAG